UUUCCUGACCUGCUACAGUACAAUGCAUCCAUCCCUCAACUUCCCCUCUCUGAAUCAAGUCUGUGUAUUCACAGAGGUAGUCUGUGUGAAGUCAUUGUCACCAUGGCAUGGAGUACCAACAGCACCAAACUGGACAACAUCACAUUGUCCCUGUUCCAGAACACGACAGCCAGCACUGCUAUCUCCAUCAUCUACAUCGUGGUCACCGUCAUCAACCUGAUAGGAAAUGGCCUCUCCAUGUGGCUUCUCCUCUUCCGUACCUCUCCCAAAACCCCCUCCAUUAUCUUCAUGAUAAACCUGACCCUGACUGACCUGGUCUUGGGCCUCGUCCUGCCCUUCCAGAUCAAGUAUCAGAUGCAGGGGCAUAAUUGGAGCCUGGGCCCGGGCGUAUGCAGGCUCCUGACCCUGGUGUUCUUUGCCAACAUGUACUGCUCAAUUCUAACUAUGACCGCCAUCAGUGGAGACCGCUACCUGGGCAUCUGUUGGCCCAUGCUCUUCCGUGAGACCAGGGAAAGGAAGUCAUUCGCUGUUAUCGGCUGUUUGGCCAUGUGGACAGUCGUCCUAUCUGUCCUGUACCCAUUAAUGACAACCGACCUGACUUUCCACGUUCCAGAACUCGGGAUCACCACCUGCUUUGACGUUCUGAAGAGGGACAUGCUUCCAUCGAUGGAGGCCUGGGCUGCUUUCCUCCUUACCCUGUUUGUCAUCCUUUUCUUCAUCCCGUUCUGCAUCACUGUAUUCUGCUACGUCGGCAUCAUCCGCAAGCUGGCCCGAGUUUCCAAGACCAACCAGAAAGAGAAAGCUAUCCGUCUUGCCGUCACCGUCCUAACGGUCUUCACACUUUGCUUUGCUCCCAACAACAUCCUCCUCCUGGCUCACACCAUCCGGAGGCUCUUCUACGGGGACUCCCUCUACAUGGCCUACAAGCUGACUCUUUCCCUCAGUUGCCUCAACAGCUGCCUCGACCCCUUCAUCUACUACUUUGCCUCUAGGGAGUUCCGUCAAAAGCUGAGGCAGAUGCUAAGGCUGAGAACACUGAGCAGUCUGGACACAGGGAAGACAGACCCGCACCGAGAGAGCCUGUACUCUGCCCAGUAUGUGUCUGGGGGACAGGGCGGAGAAAACGGCAGAGUUUCUGUUAAACAACACUGUUAAAAACUUUGUCUGUAAAGUGAAGAGAGAGGGCAGAUGACAACCGAAAUGACAUGUCGCAAUGUCUCGUGUUGGGACAAAUGACAUUUCACAAUAAUUUUACAGGAUGGAAUGUUUUUGUGUGCUGUAUAUAGAUUAACAAACUAGGACAGAUGGUGCUUCUGCAUUUCCAAAGUUAGGGCUCUAUUCAAUCAGAUCUACUUUUGCCGACAUCCGCAUAGCUGUUGUUUUGAUGCUGUCAGAGGUGGAACUGAUUUAGAGCUGACAAAUCCACAAGUCGCUCCUGGCAGUAAACCUAAAGAGGACAUUGCAAGUGAUUUCGCAUUAACAUUGAAAGUGAUUUUGCAUUAACAGAAAUCAUUUGCAGCCUUGUUUACAAGUUUGAACACUGGAAUGUGAGAUGUAAUCGACACCUGGUUUAAGAUGAUAGAAUUUAGUUGAAUGAUUUUUCAAUUCAACACUCGCUCUGAACUUCUAACGGAAGUUAGGGGCGGGUGUGGCUUUCCUGACAGUGAUUGCAAGAGCCGCUGCUCACUAAUUUGACAGCUCCAAUGCAGUUCCACCUCCGACACUACCAAAACCUCGGCUUAAUAUGAUUGAAUCUUGGCCUUAGUUAAAAAGAAAACAGAAAAAAAGGGUUAUUUAUUUUGUGAAAGAAUGUUGCAACUUGCAUAAAGAUAGGAAUAAGAUAGUGUGGCGAAGUGAGAGCAAGGCUCCUCUCACCACCAAUGUGCUCUCUGCCUCCUGCCAAUUCGGGCAAAUUCAUUACUUCAUUAUGUGAAUUAUGAAGUAUACCCUUUGUUUGUUCAAUGUUUAUUGAUUCCCCGCUAAUUAUAUCACCAGUAAUGCAUUUUCUGUUAAUCACCAUAAUUUCCCAGUAAUUUAGACCGUUAUGGUUUGGUUACAUCGCUAAUCUUUGUUCUUUCCUGAAAUAUAUAUGCAUAUGAAUUUACCGUUCUAAUUCUCAGAGGGGACACAUUGUUUUCAGAUCUCACAAACUAUGCUACACUUGUCAGAAAUACGUUUUGGGUUAUUUAAUUCGAUGUAGGAGUUUCCAGUCAUUUUCUCCAACGUCGUUAGUUUGGAACGCUCAAAGUUUGCAUUUGUCUGGUUUCUUCGUCCUUUCUAAUGUUGAGAGCACACACAUCUGAGCAUGGAUAGAAAUAGGCCUAGGGCUAUAUGGCCUCUGUGUUAUGAUUGAGGUCAAAACUGUGAGUUGAAAGAAAAUUAUGAAGUGGUCAAUUUAGAAACUGUGAUUAAAUGUUAUACUCAAGCCUUGAUGGAUAUAGAAAUGAUCUUUGGAAGUGCAUAUGUAUAUUUUUGAAGUCCUGUGAUUCAGAUUAGUUUUGGUUUCUCAGCACGGCCGAAAGUACUUACCACCAGUCUAAACAGAGUGCCUGCUGUAAUUUGCAAACCGAUUUGGCAGUCAGACGCCCACUGGCGGGGUGGUCCCUAAAACACACCACGCAGUCAGCGAACGGCAGGCCAUAAUUCGGUGGAUGUGUUUUCACCUUUAAGGGAAGGCUGUGUAGUCUUGCCCUACCUGUGUAUGUUCAGACAGGUUAAGCCUUAAGAUUCCUAGGUUAUUUAUUUUGGCUGUUGCCAGUGUAUAAUAUAUAUUGAAAAUCUAAACAACAAUAUCUAGAAAACAACUGGCUGUAACUAAACCACUCCUUAAAAAAAACUGAUCUUGAUCCAGAUGAUCUGAAAAUUAUAGGCCCAUCUCAAACCUCCCGAGUGGUGCAGCGGUCUAAGGCACUGCAUCUCAGUGCUUGAGGCAUCACUACAGACACCCUGGUUCAAUUCCAGGCUGUAGGACAACCGGCCAUGAUUGGGAGUCCCAUAGGGCGGUGCACAAUUGGCCCAGCGUCGUCCCGUCCAGGUUUGGCCUCUGUAGGCCGUCAUUGUAAAUAAGAAUUUUUUCUUAACUGACUUUCCUAGUUAAAUAAAUUUUAAAUAAAUACAAAAAAUAACAAAUUUUCCUUUCAAAGAUUCUAGUGAAAACUGUUGCUCACCUUCUUCCAACAGCGCCACCAUGAGGCCAAACACAACCAUACUCUACAGGUUAGCUAUACUCACAUCCCUGAGCAUGUGUGCCAAAUUCCAUGACUCUACCAACAGAUAGAUAUUGUGUUCCGCUUAUAGCGCCACCAUGUGGUUGAUCUGAGUAUGUUUGCAUAUGAGACUUGAUAGUGUUUUGAAAAUGUAUAUUAAGAUUUGUUACAGUACGAGUAAUCAUGUCUGAUUUACAGGGUUGGGUAGGUUACUUUCUAAAUGUAAUAUGUUACAGUUACUAGUUACCUGCCCAAAAAUUGUAAUCAGUCACAUAACAUUUGGAUUACCCAAACUCCGUAACGGAAUCAGAUGACAGCCCGCUUGGAGUUUGCCAAAAGGCAUCUGAAGGACUCAGACCAUGAGAAACAAGAUUCUUUGAUCUGAUGAAACCAAGAUUGAACUAUUUUGCCUGAAUGCCAAAUGUCAUGUCUGGAGGAAACUUGGCACCAUUCCUAUGGUGAGGCAUGGGGGGGGGAAGUAGAUCAUGCUGUGGGGAUGUUUUUCAACGGCAGGUACUGGGAGUCUAGUCAGGAUUGAAGGAAAGAUGAACAGAGAAAAGUACAGAGAGAUACUUGAUGAAAACCUGCUCCAGAGUUCUCAGGACCUCAGACUGGGGCGAAGGUUCACCUUCCAACAGGACAACGACCCUAAACACACAGACAAGACAACUCCAGCGUAGCUUUGGGACAAUUCUCUGAAUGUUGUUGAGUGGCCCAGCAGAGCCCGGAAUUGAACUCUGGAGAGACCUGAAAAUAGCUGUGCAGCAAUGCUUCCCAUCCAACCUUAGAGCUUGAGAGGAUCUGCAGAGAAAAAUGGGAGAAACUCCCCAAAUACAGGUGUGCCAAGCUUGCAGCAUCAUACCCAAGAAGACUCAAGGAUGCAAUCACUGCUAGGUGCUUCAACAAAGUACUGAGUAAAGGGUAUGAAAAAUUAUGUAAAUAUGAUAUCAGUUUUUUUUUGUACAUUUUCAAAAAUGUCUAAUCCUGCUUUUGCUUUGUCAUUUUGAGGUAUUAUGUGGCCAAUUAGUGCCAAUUAGUGGGAGAAUCCAACCAACCUGAACACACUUAACAGGAUAGAGGGAUAAGGGAUAGAGUUUUGUUGAUGCUGAGAACGGAAGGUAUACGUUUUUAAAUUAUAUUAUUAAAAUUAUUAAAUUAACAUUAUUAAAAUGUUCUCUGAACGUUACAA